GCAGUCGCCGAGCGACCGCCGCCGCGCUCCUUGCCUCGCUAACAUACUCUCAAAUCCAUAGAGUGUAGUCGUAAAGUUUUAAUCGACAUGGCAUACACAUGGGACAACAGGGUCGCGUUCGUGGUCCGAUAUCUUUAUGAUAUCGACAACAACGGUUAUCUAGACUCGCACGACUUCCAAUGCCUUGCGCUGCGAUCGUGCGUGCUCGAGGGCAAGGGCGACUGCAGCGCAGCGCGUCUGCAGAAGUACCAGCACAUCAUGCUCAGUCUCUGGGAGGAGAUCACCCAGCUGGCGGACUUCGAUAAGGACGGCAUGAUCACAGUGGACGAAUUCAAACAAGCAGUCAAGAACAGCUGUGUAGGUAAGAAGUACGACGACUUCCCACAAGCAUUGAAGGCGUUUAUCGAGUCCAAUUUCAAGACGAUCGACAUAAACCAAGACGGUGUGAUCGGCAUUGAAGAGUUCCGGUACGACUGUAUUCAGAGAAUGGUCGUGGAAGAGAUCAAAGUUAUUGACGACGCAUUCAGCUCACUGUUAAAUGACGAUGACAGAAAGAAAGGUGGCAUUACGGUAUCCAGGUAUCAAGAACUUUUCGCCCAAUUCCUAGGUGACACCACCGACAGUUGUCAAGCGAAGUACCUGUUUGGCCCCUUAGAGAUAUAAUUAUAACCUGCUAUAGGUUAAGCUAUGACUGACACACCUAUUUAAUUCAAUUUUUAUUAUAAAACAACAUCAAUAAAGUUUAGCCUUUAAGGACUUCUCGAACUAUCAAAUGUU